GUCACGUGACGGGACGUACAGUGACGUGACGCUAGAGUGUCUGCCCCUGCCUGAGAGAAGCGUGUUAGCAGAUUUUUCUAUUUUGUACAUACAUUGUUUUGUAUAUACUGUAUAUGAUGACUUCGUUAGUCAGCGAGCGGCCCCGGGGCACUCGGGACAAAGCUCUGCCUACAGCACCACAAGCAGCACAGCCACAGAAACAGAUACAGGCCACAGCAGAACAGAUUCGACUUGCUCAGAUGAUCUAUGACAACAAUGAUGCAGACUUUGAGGACAAAGUCAAACAGCUGAUGGAGGUCACUGGGAAGAACCAGGAUGAGUGCAUGGUGGCUCUUCAUGACUGCAAUGAGGAUGUCAACAGAGCCAUCAAUUUCCUCCUGGAGGGGAGCUCAGAUACAAACUUAUGGGAGACAGUUGGGAAGAAGCGAAGCAUAGGGAAAGAGGGCUCGUCAUCAGACAAGGAAAACAAAGAGACCCGGGAAAAGAAAGGAGAGAGGGAGGCCAGCCGGGGCCGUGGGGGGACAAGCAGAAAGGGUCGCGGAGCCAGCCGCAGCCGUGAGGUACGGCUGGAGGAAAAUGGGGUGGACGUCUAUCCGGGAGAGAGGGGCGCCGACAGAGGCCGCAGGGGACGAGGAAGAGCAUCAGGGGGUCGUGGGCGAGGCAGGGCAGCUGGAGGGAGCAGGUUUUCAUCCCAGGGAAUGGGGACCUUUAACCCUGCUGAGUACACUGCAAACUCCGGCACAGGGACAGUCGGCUCUUGUCCAGAGGACAGGGACACAGGGCUGAAUGAGGCUGAGGGACAGGUGAGAGACGGCUCUUAUUUUAACUUCAUUGAAAGUUUAACGGGUUAUCUUAUGUUUCACAAACACAUUUUUUGUUUCCUGGUAGGAGCUUGGACAUUUGGACAGGAUGAUUGGGCUGCUGAUGACUGGAGUGAAGAUCUUUCUGAGACCAAAGUUUUCACUGCCUCCUCUGCACCAACUGAGAACCACAUCUCAUCUGGAGACAGCCUGGACCUGGCAGGUCUCCUACAGAAGCCCAGUGAUGCAGGGGACUCCGAGGAGCAGGUGUGCGUGGAGCCCCCCAUUCAGAGCCUCGGCCACAGCCUGGUGUUCACCAACUCCCACCACAGUCCCCACAACACCGCCACCAGCUAUGCACAUGCCACUCUGUCCACAGUUCUUGGAUCUGGCUUUGGCAACCUGGGCAGCUCCAAGCUGGCACAGUCAGCUGGGUCUCAGAUGCUGGAGCAGCUGAAGGGUCCUGGCUUGGGACAGCUGCCCACACAGCAGCCUGUCUCUGCUGGCACCAGUAGCACUAUGGGGGUAUCUGGGACAUCAGAGGUUUUAAGCUCUGUUCCCACUUCCUCCUGGGACAUCAAACCACUGGUUUCUCAGAACACCACUCCGCUGUCUUCCCAGUUCAGCAGGGAUUUCAAAACACAGCCGGAGCCUUCCCUGGUGCUGAGUCAGUUAACCCAGAGGCAGCAAAACUCCUUGUCCCAGGCCCGGCCAGGCAGCCCACCCACACUCCCUGCUACCUCUACUCCAGGGUUUGAGUCCUUUUCCAAACCCCAAGACACCUCUCCACCUCACAAUGGCCCCUCAACUGUUGGCAAACUGUUGGGCCUCUCCACUGGUGCAGCAGCCCCCCAGCCAGCCACCGCUCAGCACAGGCAGAUGAAAACACAGAAACGCAAGAUACCUCCCACUUCCAAGAUUCCCUCUUCAGCAGUAGAGAUGCCUGGGUCAGCUGAUGUGUCUGGGCUGAAUGUGCAGUUUGGGGCUCUAGAUUUUGGUCCAGAAGCCACCUUACCAGAUUUCGGCCAGGCAGAGAGUUGCACCAACAGCAUUAGUUCCACCACCAGAGAGUCAAUACCGGUACCCCAGGCUUUGAACAGCCUCUAUUCCAAACCCAACAGUGAACCUCUGGGUAGCCCGCUGUCUCUACCCCUGUCAUCAUCAGAUUCCAGCUAUGCUUCCCCCGCUGUGUCUCUGUCCAGCUUGCCCUCUGCCCUGCCCCCAGCCAUUUCUGCCACCCCAUCCUCCUCGACAUCAGGGAGCAGUUUUGAAACAAGUGCAACAACUCACUCCCACCUCACCUUCUCUCAGAGCAAGGAUCCGGCAGCACCCUCAGUCACAAAUGGUUUCAGUGAUGUUCGAACAUCGACCUCACUUGAAACCACGUCAACAGCAUCCACUACAAAGGCAGAGUGCGCAGCUCAGAAUAACAGCAGUGCUUCUGCCCGGACUUCUGCCCUUUUACCCUCCUCCACCACCCCCUCCCUGAGUUCUGAACACUCCUCUGCCAACCUGCCCCCCCUCAACAGCUCUCUGUCAAGCACCCAUGCAAGCAGCAUGCUCACCUCAGGCUCUACGCUCACAUCUAGCUCCUCCCUUGCAAGUACCAGUGUGGACAACGCAAAUUCCCAUUCCUCCUCUGCCCCAGCUCCCCUCAGCAGCAGCGGUGGUCUAGGGGCUAGCAGUGUGGUCAGUGUUACCAGCAGUCUGCACGGGACAGGGGUGACAGGUGGCUCACUAAGCCUGCCUGGGAACGGGACGGCAUCCUUGCCUGGCUGUCGUACCACUCCGCUUCUGUCCUCCUCCUCCGGUAAAGCCCCUCCAAAUCUUGCCCAGGGUGUCCCCCCUUUGCUGCCCAAUCAGUACAUCAUGGGGCCUGGUGGCCUCCUGCCAGCAUACCCGAUCUAUGGGUAUGAAGACUUACAGAUGCUGCAAUCCCGACUACCUAUGGAUUAUUAUGGAAUCACAUUCCCAGGCCCCGCAGCAACGCUCACAGGCAGAGAUGGGGGUCUCGCCAACAGCCCUUACUCAGGUGAAAUGACAAAGUUUGGCAGAGGUGACUCUGCCUCUCCAGCCCCUCCCACCAGUCUGUCUGCAGCCCCCCCUCCUCAGGCCCAACAGCCCCCCCAGGCUCAGGGCCAAGCACCCCAACAGCAGCAGCAGCAGCAAAAUCACCACGGCAGCCAACAGGCCUUCCUGAACCCAGCCUUGCCACCUGGCUAUGGCUACACAGGACUGCCAUAUUACCCCGGUGUACCCGGUGUGCCCAGCGCCUUCCAGUAUGGCCCUACAAUGUUUGUGCCACCAACAUCAGCCAAACAGCAUGGGGUGGGCCUCAGCAACCCAUCUACGCAGUUUCAGCAGCCUGCUGGUUAUGGACAACACACCUAUGGCUCAGGGUUUGAUGAUCUGACACAAGGCCCAGCUGGUGGAGAGUACAGUAAAGGGAGCUACAGCGGCUCUUCCCAAGCACAGGCCAAAUCUGCUGCUUCUGGGCCUGGGAAAGGUAUCUCUGUGACAUCCAGCAAUGCAGGAGGGCCAGAUUUGAGCGGUUCCGUUUACAAUAAAGCCCAGUCCUUUGAAAAGCAGGGUUUCCACACUGGAACACCUCCGCCCUUCAGCCUGCCCUCAGCGCUGGGGGGCACGGGGCCUUUGAACCCGGGAGCGGCCCCUGGAUACGCCCCAGCUCCCUUUCUUCACAUCCUGCCGGCACACCAGCAGCCUCACUCUCAGCUGCUGCACCAUCAUCACACGCAGGACAACCAGGGUGGCCCCAGUCAACGUAACCAGUCCAGCAGCAUGCAGCAGAAGACCCAGGCCACCAAAUCAACCUAUGGCAGCUCUCCCUACUGGGCCAACUAACUGGGGAGGUGUGAGGGGCUGCCCUCCCAGCGCCCUUGCCCUACCUCUGAAGUGUAGGACCUCGACUGGGGAACACCACCUGUGACUGGUCAGACUCAUAUCUGGUGUGAAGCUGAACAGAAGUACACUACCAACAAGCUUCCCCCAGUUCUCAAUUACUUUUUCUUUUUUCGAUUUUUUUUUUUCUUUUUUUUGGCUGUUAUACAUGUAAGAUAUUUAUGUAUUUAUAUAUAUACUGUAUAUGUAAUAGUAGAUGAAAUGUGGUUUCUGCAUUUUGUUUUUGAAGGAUGUUUUUGUUUACUUUUUCAAGUUGUAGGAAGAGGAAAAUGCAUUAUAGAAAAGAAAAAAGAAAAUUUAAGAGAGAACUUGAUAUUUUAAAUGGGAGGGGCAAAAAAAAAAUCAAACUGCAUCAUGUGACUUUAUUUUAUACUUUGAAGCAGUUUGAGUUCUCCAAAUUGUCCUUAAGUUCAAGGUGAAUCAUUUUUAGAACCAUUUUUGUAGCCUUUUUAGUUGGUUUGAGGGGGAUGACUUAGGGUUCCCACACAGCUCCAUAUUCCUCCAGAGUGGCCCAAACCAAUGUGAUACCUACCUGUCCAAGUUUCUUUCAGUUUAAAUUCAUUAUACACCAAAUAAAAGUUCUGAACAGUU